AUGGUUGAAGAAGAAGCUAAAAGAAAGGCAUUAGAAUCUAAAUUAAGAAAUAUAGCGGAAAAGCAGAAGUUGGCAGAACAAAGAUUUCGUUUACGUAUGGAAGAGAUGGAAUUGGCUAAAAGAGAAGAAUACCUAAAAUGCAGGAAUGAAUUAGCUCAAGUAGAAGAUCGACAGAUGGUAUAUUCCAGCGCAAUGAAGGAACAUUACAGGCAUGAAAUCCCAUCAACGUCAAACUGGAAUCCACUUGCGAAUGAAUUUAUACCUGGACACCCAAAGGAACAGAACAGAAAUAGAUCGUUUACUACCGUCGGUAAAUUUGUUAACAGUAGUCCAGCCCAAGAUGUCACUGCGUCUACUGAUAAACACAUUGAGAGAGAAACUAUCAAUAAUAUAGAAAAAGAUAACCCUGUAAAUUGA